CGAAAACUAAACAAAAAAAACAAUAGAUGUCUAGAGGUUAAAUAAUAAAAUAUGAGGUAGAUAUGUAUGAGAGUAAAUCGAAAAGAAAGAACGAUAAACGUAAAUAGAAUCAACAAUCUCCGAUAGCAGAUUAUGAAAAUGAUAAAAAAAAGGUUGGGAGGUGGACACCUGAGGAGGAUGAGAAGCUUUAAAAAUUGAUUGAAGGUUUUGAAUAGAAAUUAAUGAGUAGAAUAUGGAGAAAAGAGUUGGCGUAUCAUAAGUGACAUGAUGGAAGGUCGUAGUGCUAUAUAAUGUUUACAUCGAUGGACUAAAAUACUUAAACCUGGACUAAAGAAAGGUAUUUUUAAUGUGUUUAUAGUUUAGGACCAUGGUAAGAUGAUGAAGAUGAGAAGCUAUUAGAAUGGGUAAAGAAUAAUGGACCUUGUAAAUGGUCUUUAUGUGCUGAAAAUAUAGCAGGAAGAUCAGGAAAAUAAUGUAGAGAAAGAUGGUUUAACAAUCUCAAUCCUAAUGUUAAAAAAGGAGGAUGGACAUCUGGUUUAUAUCUAAUCACUAUUCGUAGAGGAGGAUCAUGAAAUAUUUAAGGGCUAUCUAUAGUACUCAUCAUCUUGGUCAAAAAUUGCUAAGAACUUAUCAGGAAGAACUGAAAAUUCUGUUAAGAAUAGGUUUUAUUCUACUGUUAGAAAAUUGUUGGCUGAUUAAGAGAAAAAUGGAAUAUCAUUAAAGGUAAAUCCGAUUUCAUUUAUUAUUUUAGAUGCUUGAAGCUUAGGGUGAAAAUGGUACAUCUGCAUUAUAAACAUUUGUUAAAGAGCAUCUUUAAAAAUAUGAAUAACAAAUGUAAAUGUAAAUCGAAUAGGAGGAACCAGACUCAGAUAAAUCAAUACAAGAAGAAAAAUUAGAAGAAUCUGAAAUUAAAUCUGAAGAUGAUGAUGAUGAUAGCAAAUCAAGAAAGAAAAUACAAGCAGAAACAUAUCAAGAAUAAAAUUUACUUUAUAGAUUACUUAAAUAAUAGGGAGGACCUAUUAAAAGAACUUCAUGUAUGAAAGAUUAUUCUACAAUCUAUAAAAAAUAUAAAAAAAGGUAUAAUUAAAAAAAGAAAGAUAAAAAAUUGUCAGAUAAAGUGGAAAAUCUAAGAAAGAUGAUUCUUAAAAAAGAUGAUUACAAAAAUUCAUCAGAGGAAAAAGAAUUAGAUUUUUAAUAAAAUCUUGAAUAAUAAUUAGCUAACUUUUCGCAAUAAAAAAUUGAUGCUCAAUCUCAAAAUGGGGAUUCUGAUAAAAUGAAUGAAUUUUAAGAAAAAUUAUUAGCAUUUUUUAAUUAACAAUUAAAUGAAGUCAUGAAAAAAUUUUAUGUUGAAAUGGGGGAUCCUAAAUAAGCCAAAUGGUAAAUGAUUCUUGCUCCUGAUGAAAAUAAAAUUUAAUAAUAAUAAUAAUAAUAAUAACAAUAAUAAUUAUAAGAAAAUAAAAAAAAAACAAAAAGACAAAUUGCUAAAAGUGUUAAAGUCAAGGAAGAAGAAGAUGAACAAAAUUAAAUGGUCAUGAAUACAUUUCUUUAGAAAUUUAAUCAUCUGGGGUAAAUUGGAAUCACUCAAUUAGGGUAUUAUAUUAUACUUAAUUUUAGAGCAAAUGUAAAUGAAGGUAAAAAUGAAACUGAAAAUCAAAUGGUUCAAGAUGCAAAAAUUGAUUAAAAGAUGAUGUUCUUAAUUAGUUAGUUACAUACAUUAGAGAAUAUGCUAGGUGAUACAAAAAAGGAAUUCAGUAGAUUAGAAGCUAGUCUUUAUGAAAAAAUCAACAAUACUUCAUUUCACUCAAACAAUUCGAGUGAAAAGAACUGAUAAUUAAUUAUUGUUAUUUAAAUUCUUUGAUUUAGUGUCAGCC